GCAGCAACAUUCAACAUGGCGGCGAACAGAGCAGGCAAGUCUCCUGUUGUUCUGUCGUCUGUUCCUCUCCAGCUCCUGCUCUACCUGACAGCUCUUUACUAUGUCUUCUACUUCCUCUCUACAUUCUGCAUGAUCAUCUACAAGAGUCGUGUGAUGAGCUACCCUGAUGACCUCCUAACCCAGGACGUAGGUCUGCUCUUCUUCAUGGCUUGUCUUGAGCUGUUCCGACUCUACUGUGGUGUGAGGGGUAACCUGCAGGAGACGGAGGGUUAUAUGUGGGCUAACCUGGCCAUGACGGUGGCUACGGCCCUGUUGUCCGUCUACUUCCUGGUAUGGCAGCUGUACGUGAUGCAUGCUGACGUCAUCAUCAACGCCAUACUGCUCAGUGUUUACGGACUGGGAGGGGUCCUAGGUCUGGCCACACUGGCUAGAUUCACCAGUGUCUACUCCUGACCCCAUCAAUUAUAGCUGCACUGACAGCACCUCCAGAAUCUCCUUCCACUCUUUCACUACCAAACCUUCACUACCACUCCUUCACUACCAAACUUUCACUACCAGUCCUUCACUACCAAACCUUCACUACCACUCCUUCACUACCAAACCUUCACUACCAAACCUUCACUACCACUCCUUCACUACCAAACCUUCACUACCAAACCUUCACUACCAAAUUUUCACUACCACUCCUUCACUACCAAACCUUCACUACCAAACAUUCACUACCAAACCUUCACUACCACUCCUUCACUACCAAACCUUCACUACCCCUCAUUCACUACCAAACCUUCACUACCAAACCUUCACUACCAAUAGCAUUCAGAAUGCUAGUGGUAUCCUGUCCCGGAGCUCUACGGACAAUUCCUUUGACCUCGUGGCUUGGUCUUUGCUCUGUCAACUGUAGGACCUUAUAUAUAGACAGGUGUGUUUCCAAAUCAUGUCCAAUCAAUUGAAUUUAUCACAGUUGGACUCCAAUCAAGUUGUUGAAACAUCUCAGGGAUGAUCAACGGAAACAGGAUACACAAGAGGUCAAUGUUGAGUCUCAUAGCAAAGGCUCUGAAUACUAAUGUAAAUAAGGUAUUUAUGUUUUACUUUAAAUAUAUAUAUAUAUAUUUGCCAAACAUUUCUAAAAAAACAAAAACAAAAGUGUUUUUUGCUUUGUCAUGAUUGGGUAAUUGUGAUGUCAUUAUGGGGUAUUGUGAUGUCAUUAUGUGAUAUUGUGAUGUCAUUAUUGGGUAAUUCUGUGUAGAUUGAUGAGAGAGAGAAAAAGUAAAAUAACAAAAUGUGGAAAAAGUUGAGGGGUCUGAAUACUUUCCCGGACGCGCAUCACAUCUAU